GGAUUGGGCAUCUUUGGUGCAAACCAGGAUGGCACCAGCGCGGGGACGGAAGAGGGACGAAGCCGAGGGGUUUGUGUCGAACGCGAUGACGGGUGUGCCUCGUAAAGCGGCGGCGUCCGUGGCCAAGAACCUCUUUGUCCCGUCCGAUGCAUCCGACGCGACCCAUGGUGCAGCAUCCGCCGUGGUGAUACCACGAGUCACGAAACGCGAACUCAAGAAACAAGUGGAGGAAGUUGCGGAAGACGGCGACCAGCACGACGAUGGCAACGGCAACGACGAUGGUGGUGACAACGAUGACAAGCAACGUGACGAGAAUGAAUCCAAUGCCGUGGCGUUUCAGUCCCCUCCGGUGAAGCAGGAAGUGGAACCUGCAUUUGGCAGCCAGUCGGCGACCCCUGUGACUCCCGGCAGUCUCCACGACGACUUCAUCAACUUAAUGAAGGCCCAGGGCCUUGAACGCAUGGCAACAGACGCGGGUUUGUUGAAAGAUGGCCAGUUUCGCGACCUCAAACGCGAGUGGGGCGGAGAAAGUACAACCUCCACGUCUUUCUUGAAUGACGGCACGUCGUCCGGGUUCCAGGGCGGGUCGGCGUCGACGCCAAAGAAGAAGAAACCCCGCGCCCCCGUCAUGAGCACGACGCCGCUUUCCGACAAGGGCAGCAAGGGUUUGCGUCACUUUAGCAUGAAAGUAUGCCAGAAGGUCGAGGAGAAGCACGUGACCACGUACAACGAAGUCGCGGACGAGCUCGUCCACGAAUUUGUCACGAUGAGGCCCGCCGAGUCGGUGAACUACGACGAAAAGAACAUUCGCCGGCGCGUGUACGAUGCCCUCAACGUGCUCAUGGCGAUGGACAUCAUCUCGAAAGAAAAGAAGGAGAUUCGGUGGCGGGGUCUGCCUUCCAACGCCAAGCAAGACUUGGAACUGCUCCAGGUACUACAUCUCUGCCGUGCACGUACGUCGCGGCUCCAGCGCAGGUAUCUCCGAUGACGACUUGACGGGGUGGCAUACAGAUGGAGAGGGCCCAGCGAGCAAAGAGCGUCGAGCUCAAGAAGCAGCAGCUGCAGGAACUGCUGCUCCAGCAAAUCGCACUCAAGAACCUCAUCCGCCGCAACAAACAAGAAGACAAGCCGCCCGCGCUGAGUCGCAUCGCGCUGCCAUUCAUCCUCGUCAACACGUCCAAGGACACGGUCAUCCAGUGCGAAAUGAGCGAAGACCGCCAGGAUAUUUUCUUCAACUUUAGCGGCCCGUUCGAAAUCAACGACGACAGCGAGAUCCUCAAGCGCAUGAGCUUGCACCACGUGUCGGCCGCCGAGGCCGCGACGCACAUCCCUGAAAAGCUCGUCAAGUACCUACCUCCCGAGUACCUCGCGCAAAAGUAGUGGUGCCGGCGACAAGUGGUGCUCCCGUCGCAUCCAUGAUACGUUCGACUGAUGCGAGUGCAUCGAGCCACGAGUGUCGCAAGUUGGCGACGUUCCAGGCGACUUUUGUAGGCCGCGAAUUCAUUCAAAAUGGCAAACCGCAUCAUCAUCC